AUGACGGCUCGGAUGAGCGACAAGGACCUGGCACGCAUGUUUGAGAACUGUUUCCCCAACACCCUCGACACGACGGUGAAAUGGUUUUCCGAGUCGAACAACCAUUAUCAAUCAUUCAUCAUUGCCGGUGACAUGGACGCCGCCUGGCUACGCGACAAUCUAUGGCAAAUCCAAGCCUACACAUCAUUACUCUCCGUCGACACAGCGAUCCAGAAACUAUGGAGAGGCGUGAUCAACCUGCACAGCACAUUCCUCUCCCAAGCACCAUACACCAACUCGUUCCAGCCGCCCCGGGAAAGCGGUAUUGUGCCAGUUUCCGACCACGUCGUCGACAUGAGUCAAGACAUAGUACACCCGUCCACCGACCCAGCCAUAACAUUCGAAGCCAAAUAUGCGCUCGACAGCCUGGCAGCGUUUCUGCGCAUCUCCAACACCUAUGUGCAAGAAACAAACGACCGAUCCGUCCUCAACGAACAGUGGCUCACCGCCCUGAUGGCACUAUUGACAGUUCUCCACGAGCAAUCGCAAUCGACAUUCGACGACGACGGUCAACUACGCGAGCCCGCAGCCUAUUCGUUCCAGAGACCUUCGGCUCUAUGCAUGAAGUCGGUAUAUAAUGGACCAGAUCAGCCUCCAAACUCCGGCACAGGCAACCCCGUCGCCUCCGGGACAGGCCUCAUCAAAUCCAUGUUCCGGGCCUCUGACGACGCGACAAUUUUCCCCUUCCACAUCCCCAGCAACGCCAUGAUCUCGGUCGAAUUGAGCCGCACAUCCCAGCUCAUCCACAACAUCGACACCCACCUGUCCAAAGAAUGCGCCGAGCUGAGCGCCCGCGUCCGCCAGGGCAUUUUCGCCCAUGGCACGACAGACCACCCAUUGUUCGGCAAAGUCUUCGCCUACGAGGUCGACGGGUAUGGAUCCCGCGUUCUCAUGGACGACGCUUCCCCGCCUUCCUUGUUGUCACUUCCCUACCUUGGGUUUCUGGACCGUAACGACCCUAUCUACCAGAACACCCGACGCAUGGUUUUGACUAGUCGUGGCAACCCUUACUAUCUGGUUGGAUCGCAGCUCGAGGGCCCGGGAAGUCCGCACAUCGAUCUUAAGACCAUGUGGCCUAUCGGGACCAUCAUGCAGAUCUUGACGAGUGAUGACAACGGUGAAAUUUGUAACUGUUUGGACACUCUGAAAAGGUCGAGUGGUGGUUUGGGAUUGGUUCAUGAAGGUGUCAAUGUCAAUGAUUGCUCGAAGUUCCUGAGGACCUGGUAUGCGUGGGGAAACAGUGCUUUUGGAGAAAUGAUUCUCGAUUUGGCCACUAGGAAGCCUGAGCUGCUGUUUGGGGAUUCAAUCGGACAACAACAAAGACAAAAUGAGAAUGUUGUCGGCUGCAUGUCCCAGGAAAAGGACACGGAUGAUGCUGCCACAAAGGGAAAGCUUUGA